UAAUGCGCCGACCAUACUAGGCAUCUCAUUUGCGGGGGGCCAGGUAGACAUGCGCAUUCCUGCCACUGCCAGAGGACUGCGAGCUUUGGGGUAACUGCUGCCCGUCUGCAUGGAGGACGUUAAUCGAAUGCGGACAUUGCCAGUUCUAAAACCUUAUCCGGGCUGACCGGGUCCUGCUCCCAAUCUUAUUCCGCUUCUCGAACCACGGCCAUCCUGGGUCUCACUACGCUCUCGAAACAAUCCGGAGUUCGAAGCACAGUGUUUCUCUCCGAGUCCUCCGGGAGAUCAGUGUACCAGCAGACUGCCAGUUCUCUAGCCCCGCUCAUAUCGGCACCUGCUCGACCGAACAGAGGCGAAUGCAGGAAUGCCCCCCAAGCAGCUCGCGCUCACCGUCCUGGUGGUUCUGGCUCUCGCAAACAUCUACCUCGACGUCCUCCUCUCGCGCGCAGCUCGUCGGGUAGCAAGACGUCGCGAACGUCCCCUCGCUACAUAUUCUUUCCUCGAUGACGACCGCCCACCCCUCUUCCCCGCCAAAGGCGCCAAGCGCGCUGUACGGAUGUCCGUCGAGGAGAGCGCGCACUACGACCUCCUCGGCCCGCACGCCUCAGAGGAAUGGCUCUGGAUCUCGACCGUCGGCGACGGCGACCCGCGGCUCGGGCCGCGCCAGAGGAUCUUCGGGCUCGGCAUGACCCACCAGCAGCACUGCCUGCAGUACCUCCUCGACGCGCUGCAGGCGCCGCACGCCGCGCACGGCGAGCAUCGAGAGCACCCGGAGCACUGCCUGAACCACAUCCGCCAGUACGUGCUCUGCGACGCGGACGUGACGCUCGAGCCUGCGGAUGUGCUCGCGCGGAACUGGACGGAGGCGCGGUGGGCCGGCGAGCAUCGGUGUGUGGAUUGGGAGAUGGUGAGGGCGGAGGUGCGGAGGAAUUGGGUGGAGUGGAAGGAGGUGAGGGAGGGGAGGGCGGCGGAGAUGCCUAGCUUGGCGUUGUAUGAGUAGCGAAGGUGUCGUUUUCCCUCCGUCUGCACUGUGUACUCGAAUUCUCGCUUGUCUUCCUGUCGGUGGUAUGAGACCCGGUCUCUCGUCGUGCAGGAGUCAGGUAUCCAGCAUCACAUCCACAACACCUAUCACUACAACAGCUCGCCCCCAGAACCAACGGUUAAAAGAAGCAAUUAGAGGUACUAGUACACAACUACAUCCCCCAACCCUCCCCCACGCGUCUCGUCCCUCUUCAGCUUAAGAUCCGGCAAAGAUUCCACAAAGGGUCAGCACAAUAGAUGCAAGCUCACACCGCCUCGUACACCGACGGUGAAUCGAGUUUUGACUCGCGCAUGGAGUU